GCUUCUCCGUUCUCCCUCAACUGCGCCUAUUCCCCCCUUUUCCUCUCGACCUUCUCAUAAUUUGGCCUUUGGGGAUGACGUUCUAAAUUCCUCCCUGAUCUAUUCCCCGUUGAUUUGAAAUACCAUACCCCGACGGUAUCCCUGAACCUCUCGCCGCCAAAUUCCCCGCAGCGGUCCUCAAGGACUCUCAUUUAUAACCAUUCCCAAGUCCUUUCUCUGCGGAGGCUCCAACUUAUCGUAAUUGAAACUUAUCUCCGAUAAAGAUGGCUAUGAGCAGGAUACGGGGCGCCUUUGCGGUGCCUAGAAAAGGAGAAACAUUCGAAUUGCGAGCUGGUCUUGUAUCUCAAUAUGCCUACGAACGAAAGGAGGCUAUCCAGAAAACUAUCAUGGCCAUGACUUUAGGGAAAGAUGUCUCCGCACUUUUCCCCGAUGUCCUGAAGAAUAUUGCAACGACCGACCUGGAGCAAAAGAAACUAGUAUACCUUUAUCUUAUGAAUUACGCCAAAUCUCACCCGGACCUCUGCAUUCUCGCUGUGAAUACAUUCGUGCAAGACUCCGAAGAUCCCAAUCCCCUCAUCAGAGCGCUCGCAGUCCGUACGAUGGGAUGUAUUCGAGUGGACAAGAUGGUUGAUUACAUGGAGGAGCCCCUCCGGAAAACUCUCAGAGAUGAGUCGCCAUACGUCCGCAAGACGGCUGCGAUCUGUGUAGCCAAGCUUUUCGAUCUUAAUCCGGGAAUGUGUUUAGAGAACGGCUUCCUGGAAAUGCUUCAAGAGAUGAUCGGGGACCCCAACCCCAUGGUGGUUGCGAACUCAGUGACCGCGCUCUCGGAGAUUCACCACGCCGCGCCUGAAACAAAUGCGCUCCAGGUAACAUCGAAUACAUUGCGCAAACUGUUAAUGGCAUUAAAUGAGUGUACGGAGUGGGGUCGAGUGACGAUCCUCACCACACUGGCAGAGUAUCGGACUGCUGAAGUUACCGAAUCAGAGCACAUUUGCGAACGCGUGGCCCCUCAAUUUCAGCAUGCCAAUCCCAGUGUAGUGUUGGCUGCCGUCAAGGUCGUCUUCUUGCACAUGAGGAAUGUCAACGCAGAACUUUCCAAGAACUAUCUGAAAAAGAUGGCUCCCCCGUUGGUGACUCUCGUAUCUUCUGCGCCUGAGGUGCAGUACGUGGCUUUGAGAAAUAUUGAUUUGUUGCUGCAAAAGCAGCCUGAUAUUCUAACCAAAGAGCUUCGUGUGUUCUUCUGCAAGUACAACGAUCCGCCGUAUGUCAAAUUCCAGAAGUUGGAGAUCAUGGUUCGGAUCGCCAACGAUCGUAAUGUCGAUCAGUUUUUGGCAGAACUUAAAGAAUACGCCCUGGAGGUUGAUAUGGACUUUGUGCGGCGCGCUGUCAAGGCUAUCGGUCAGGUGGCCAUCAAGAUUGAGAAUGCCAGCGAGAAGUGCGUUAACACAUUGUUGGAUUUGAUCAACACGAAGGUCAACUACGUGGUACAAGAGGCUAUCGUGGUGAUCAAAGACAUUUUCCGGAAGUACCCUGGCUACGAAGGCAUUAUUCCUACCCUCUGCAAGUGCAUCGAUGAGCUUGAUGAGCCUAACGCCCGAGCCGCGCUCAUCUGGAUUGUGGGAGAGUAUGCCGAGAAGAUCAACAACGCUGGAGACAUUCUAGGCGGAUUCGUGGAAGGCUUCAAUGAAGAGUUCUCGCAAACGCAGCUACAGAUUCUCACCGCUGUUGUUAAGCUCUUCUUAAAACGGCCUGAGAAGGCCCAGGGACUUGUACAGAAAGUCCUCCAGGCUGCUACGGCGGAGAAUGACAACCCUGACGUCCGUGACCGAGCCUACGUGUACUGGCGGUUACUCUCGAACACAAGCGACCCUGGUGCUACCAAGAGUAUUGUUCUCUCGGAGAAGCCACCAAUCGUAACCACCAUCCACUCCCUACCUCCAGCACUACUCGAACAACUCCUUACGGAACUUUCUACGCUGGCCUCUGUCUACCACAAGCCCCCAGAGCAAUUCGUGGGCCAGGGCAGAUUUGGUGCCGACGCCGUCCAAAGGGCCGCCAUUGAGGAACAAAUCCAAAAUGCGCGCGAGAACCCGUUGGCUGCGGCGGCGGCGGCGGCGGCAGUUAGUGGCAAGGCUCCCCCGCCCCAGAGUCAAAGCAACGUUGAGAAUCUGCUGGAUAUCGAUUUCGACGGAACCGCCCCGGCAUCCGCUCAGAAGGAACCUAGCGGUGGCAUGUCCGGCCUCGAAGGCCUUGCCGGCACACCUGUUCGGGUUGAGUCUCCUGCAGCCGGGGCGCCGGCGGGAAGCAACAAUCUGGAUGACUUGCUGGGCGUGUUUGGAGACGGCGGAGGCGCUACAGGCCCAACCCCAGCCUCCAAUGGCGGCAGUGCUAGUGCCGAUCUCAUGAACGGUUUUGCUGGCUUGGAUCUUUCCAACACCACAUCGCCACCCCCAGGAGGAAGUCAGCCCAAGAAAACCAACGAGGACAUUUUGUCAUUAUUCUAGGUGCAGCGUCGUUGUCUGGGCGGAAUCUAAUUGUAUAGCCGCGGAGUGGUCAACGUGAAGGUGCUUGCAAACGACGGCUUAAUCCUUACCAAUAAUAUAGAUUUUCACGGCCUUCAU